UUAAACCUGAUCCACAAUCGAUUGUUGUGUUUCCAGAGCUGCAGUGAGGAAACAGCUGGCCUACAUGUGCAGGGAAUCUGGCUUGCUGUGAAAUGUGUCUGCUGUGUUAAACCUGCAAGUUGCUGCAGUUUAUCUUCCUACUUAGAGAAAGACUUUAACAGAACUCGACUGACAGCUCAUUGUAAUCUCAACUCUUGGACAGCCUUGUAACUUAUCGACAGCGAUGUACAGCAGCGGCUAUUCCCAGGUCAACAAGUUCAGUCCAGAGGCUCAAAAGAAGAUGCAGUACCGCUCGAAGGGCAAGAGUUGUGGCUACUACAUGCGCAUCAUCUUCUUCUUCUCAUCUCUCAUCCAGUCUCUCAUCAUAGUCAGCCUUGUGCUGUUUCUGAUCUAUGGGAACAUGCAUGUCUCUGCCUCUUCGAAUCCUGACCAGGACCUGGAAAAGAGGUUCAGCCAAAUCUCCAUUGAAAACGUUGCCCUGCAGAACCAGAGGAAGAACCUCACCAACCUCCUGAAUGCCACCCUCACUGAGAAGGCUAAGAACGACUACGACCUGGCACAACUGAAGAGCUUAGUCAACAGGUCCAUCGAGAUUUUCAAGUUCCAGACCAUGGAGAUGAAAAAUUGCGAAAUAGAGCUGAUGAAAUGCAGGAUGACAUACAUGACAACCCACACUCUGGCUGUCCAGCCUCGUGGGGACUGUAACUGUGGGCUGCUGACUGAGCAAAUGAAAAUUAGACUUCAGUCUUUGGAUUCCAACUUUACUACAACAUCGAGGUCAAUGACUCUGGAAAGGGAGCAGAUUGCUAAAGAGAGGGACAACCAGCUCCUGGAAGCUAUCCGUCUCAGGAGAGAAAAAUCCAUCCUGGAAAAAGAAUUGGACCUCUUCAAGCAAAACUCUAAGAACGAGUUUUCCCAGAUGCUGGCUCCUGUCUCCGACGUUUCUAAGGCUUUCCUGGUGAAGAUCGAAUCUCUGUUCCCUAAGCACAUCGCGUUCCAGCUGACCUGCGCAAAACAGAAGGAGCACCUGGAGCAGAUCCACACCAACUGCACCAGCCUGUCCCAUGAGGUGGAGAACAAGCUGCAGCAAUACCUGAACAAGGUCGGAGAGCAGGUGUCAGACAUGCAGAUCGAGAACACUCGCCUAAAGGCAGAGAACUGGAGGCUGUCUGAGGACUAUCGCGAGGUCGUCCAAAAUCGCACGAGCAUUUUGGAGCAGCACAAACGCAGCAGAGCAGAACUUCAGCAGAAACACGAUCAGGAGAAGGAGAGACUCCUGAUGGACAAGAUGAAGCUGACUAGCGAUAAUAAUCUCCAGCUUCAGAGACUGAAGUACAACGACUUAGUUAUUGAUGAUCUAAAAGGCAAAUUAAAUCAACUCAACAUGUCAUGCAUGGCGAGGAAUACAUUUGGUGGAUACCUAGGAGGGGGCCUGGGCUCAAUGCCGAGCAUGAACCAUUUCGGGACUGGCUUGUCAGACGGUGGUGGUUCCAGCUAUUCCCCUUCCAGUUCUUCCAGUUUAGGUCAAAGUAGAACAGGAACAGUUGGGUCAAGUCCAAGCCAGAGUAGUGCUGGGUCAGGACUCAAUAGGACUGGAUCCACAGGAGCAGGUUCAGCAAGUUCAACCCUCUCAUCCUAUGGGUCAAGGUCAAGCCCCGGUAACACUGGGUCAACAUUUAAUCAGGCAGGACCAGUUGGAGCAAGCUCAAUAAGUUCAAUCCUCCAGCAACCCAGGUCAAAUCCAAGCCUGAGCGUAGGUUCAGGAAUUAAUAGACCCUCAAGCCCGGGAACGUUUGGGUCAACUCUUGGCUCAAGCGGGACACAACCAGACAAACUAGCAGAGAGUGGGAAAAGCCUGUCAUCCUUUGGGUCGUCAGUUGGGUCUUUGGGAUCCAGACUAAACCAAGGUUCAGCUGGAACAGGUUUAAACAGUCCGGCUUCAUGGGGGAAAAGCUCACCAGGCUACGGGUUGGCGUCGUCAUCUGUGUCGAGUCGGACUGGCAGCUCAGCCAGUAAAACCAGUUCAUCACCAUCUUUGUCUUGGCUUGAUUUUGGUCUUGGAAGCAGCAACUCAGGGCAAAGUAAGACAGGAAGUGUGCCAGGGAAACCAUCUACUGGAAGUGGGAAUGUUGGAACCGGGCCUGUGUUUGGUGGAGGAAGAACAAGCGGACAGACGGGUGGUUCAGUCGUCACCAAGCACAUCCAGGACCUGCAGCGCUUCAUUGAUCCUCCUGCCCCACAGGAGAAGCAAGAUCUAUCCAGAAUGUUGGGUUAAACCAAUGGAAGUACAUGUGGAGAUGAAGUAAAUAUUUAGAUGAGAAAGGAAGGAAUUUACAGGGAUUACACAAGUUUUUCAUUCUGAACUCAUGUACAAUGACUAUCAAAAUUUAUUUAAUAUUUCCCACAUUUUUAGUUAUGUAAUAAUCACAAACCUCCAUGUAUUUUAUAUUUUGUUGGAACAUCAUGUGAUAGAGCAACACAAAGUUGAGAUUGUUUUGGAGUGGAAGGAAAAUGAUGCAUGGUUUUUAAUUUGUUCUCCAAAUAAAAAUCUGAAAACAUGAAUUAAUUUAGCAUUCAUCCCCUUUGGAGCGAUGAACCAUCUUUCUCUGCCAUUACAGGCGUACAUGUCUUUUUGGGUUUAUCACUGUCAGUUUCCUCACAUCUUGUCACUGAAAUUACUGGCAGUUCCUCUUAUUAAAACAAAUUCUGUAUGGUUGAACAUCUGGAUACAGUAGACACCUUGGUUUAAAUUAUAGCAAAUGAGCAAAGAAUGCUUAAUUUUUCUUUCUUUGCUUUUGGAGUUUAAGUGCGUGGGUGCAGUGGCAGACAAGUUAAACAAAAAUAUAUAGUUGCUUUCUUUUCUUUUUUUCUUUUGUUUUUUUGCAGAUUUUCAACAUUAUAAUGAAAAGCCUUUAAGUAAAGGGAUAAAACCCCGUCAUUUCAACUAGUAUCCAGUCAAAGUCCCGAUUCGCUGUAUAAGAAAACAGCAACAAGCAGUUACAUCAUAUAACUGUUUGUCUGAUAUGAUACAAUAUAUAAGCCUUUAUCCCAUUCUACUAGUUAAGGCGCUAUUGAAAGCAAUUGAUUUCAGUUUAUUUAAGCUCAUUCUAGUAAAGGGGGCAGAAUGCAUUGCACACCACAUUUCUCAGAUUUCUAUUUGGAAUUGAUUUCAUUUUGAAAGCCAUGUAACAUUUCCCUUUAUUUCAUAGUUAUCGUCUAAUUUUUGUAGAUAUCUCGCAUAGAACUGUGUUGAAAACCUCAAGACAUAUGAACGCUUUUGCAAGGCACUGUGUUGAAUAUAAAGAAAUAGAAUGUACAAUACAUACAGUAUUUCACCAGUUAUGUCUUCAUUAUGCAUCUACUGAAAUUUAUUUGAAAGCUGCUUAGCUCUUUUACUGUGAAAACUGCGCCACACAUUAUAUUCAACAUGUCAUUCCCAGCAUUUUGUUUUUGUUUUUGUAAAUAUAUGGAAAUAAAUAAAAUACACUUAUAAAAUUUGUUGGCAGGGAUGUGCACCCAGAGCACCUGUGGACAAAAACUGAAAUGCUUUGUUUUUUAACAGUGUGCUCUGAACAAAGAAGCAUUUCUGGAUUUAAAAGCCUCGCUCACCACUGGCCAACAUUUUUGUACUUUUACUCGACAAAAUGUCAGCUCUUUUCCUGUUGUUUCCAAUUAUAUUGUUAAAGAAACAAAAUCAAUCAAGUGUUGAACAUUAUUAAACUUCUGCUUCAGACCUCA